AUGGCAUAUCAGCCUCCGAUUCCAGGGCCAAGUUCGGGAUCGAGUUCGACUUCUGGGUUGCAAUUAUUGAACUCUCCUUUUGGGGAUACCACUUUCACAAAGGUUUUCGUCGGAGGCCUAGCUUGGGAGACUCACAGUGAGACUAUGCGACGUUACUUCGAACAAUUCGGUGACAUCCUUGAGGCUGUUGUCAUCACCGAUAAGAACACUGGCCGAUCCAAAGGCUACGGUUUUGUGACUUUCAAGGACCCCGAAUCUGCCAGGAGAGCAUGUGCUGAUCCAGCUCCUAUUAUUGAUGGUAGGCGGGCUAAUUGUAAUUUGGCCUCACUUGGACGCCCUCGGCCUGCUCUGCCUUUUGGACGUCUUAGAUCACCGACACCUUAUCUUGGAGCUGUGCCAACUGCCCGAGGGGCUUAUGUUGGAAGAUUUGGUUACCAACAACCAGUUUCUUACAGCUACCAACAAGGAUAUAUGUAUCCUCCAUAUGGGUAUGCACCCUAUGGUCCAGAGUACCUAUACCCGCAGGGUGUUUACAACCCUUAUGCGAGUCAGCAGUACCUGCACAUAUAUGGUGUACCAGGGACAGUUAACACGGCCAUAUAUCCAUACAGUCAAUUGGGUCAGACAGUUCCCGGAGGUCACGGUUACACAACAUUGCAGGGCUAUACUGUGCCUGGUCAUCAGAUUGUGCAGUUUGGUGGGCCCAGUGUCAAUGCAAUCACAACUUCAUCUAUACCAAGUAUUCAAGCACCAUACCCUACAGGUGUGGCAGCACCUGUUCCAGCACAGCCACAGUUUAUGCUUCCUGCUCAUUCUCCUCAGUUCAUGCAAGGUAGCGGUUCUGACCAAAAUGCUGGGUGA